AUGCAAUUCAAUGACCCUGCAUUGAGAUGGUUCAUAUUCCAAGAUUAUCAGCUGGCUCCAACUUUGGAGGAGUAUUCACAUAUUUUGAGGAUUGAGAUUCAGGAUCAGGCUCUGUUUAUCCGCACAAAGGAGCUUCCUAAGUCUCAACAUCUAGCUGAAGCCCUUCAUACGAGGAAGAAAGAAGUGGAACUUAAUCUUAAACUAAAGGGUGGGACCCAUGGUUUUUCCUUGAAGUUCCUGGUAGAUAAGGUUGUUACCUUUGCUGAAGCUGAAAGUUGGGAUGCCUUCAACACUAUUUUUUCUUUGAUCAUAUAUGGAAUUGUGUUGUUCUAUAACAUGGAAGACUUUGUGGACUUGGCUUCUAUCUAUCUCUUCAUGGCUAACAACCUCGUUCCUACUCUUCUUACUGACACUUAUUAUUCUAUCCAUGUGAGGAAUCAGAAUAGGAAAGGAACCAUUGUGUGUUGUAUCCCCCUUCUAUAUAGAUGGUUUAUUUUGCAUCUACCCACUAAUGGUCCUUUUAUCGACAACAAGGGAAAUCUGAAAUGGUCCCAAAGGAUCAUGUCCCUCACAACUGAAUACAUUUCCUUGUGUUCUAGGGUCUAUGACAACGUCAAGAUUAUCCUCGAUUAUGGUCAUUUCCUCAAUGUACCCCUUCUAGGUACGAAGGGAGGGAUUAACUAUAAUUCGAGGUUGGCACUGCGCCAAUUGGGUUACCCGAUGUUGGACAAACCAAAUUCCGAGCAACUAGAGGAGUUCAUUUUGUAUGAAGGGGUUGACAACUCAGAUUUCCAGAAGAGGAUUAUCCGAGCAUGGCGAGAAAUCCGUCGCCAAGGAAGGGCCGAGUUGGGAAAGAAGAACUAUAUUGCAAAGGAAGCCUACGCCCAGUGGGUUAAGGAGAGGGUCAAAGAAUAUUUGUUACCAUUUCCGUAUGAACCUUCCAUGACUAUCAAACAUGUUGAGCCUGUUGUUGUUCCUAUUUCAGAGGUUGACAAAAUCAAGGAGAUUAUCAAAGUGUUAGAGAAGGAGAAUGUUGACCUCCGAUCUAACAUCGGUAAGCUCUCCUUGGAGAAAGAGAACUUAAAGUUUAAUCUCAACCAGAAAAGGGACCGAGCAGUCAAGACCGCCAAAGAGAUUCAGGAAGAACAACAUAAAAUGAGGAAAGUAUGUGAAUUUUUGAAGGGUACUUACGAAAGCCUUUAUGUGAAGACGAAGCAACUUUCCGAAGCAUAG